AUGGUACGAGGAGAGCCACACGAACUCGGUCCUCGACUGUGUUUACGUUUACUCCAAAGCCUUUUCAGCCUCAACUACUUGGUUACGCACAACUAUAAUGGAUCUGGCGGCAAGGCUCCAAUUGACCCGACUGUGAUGGGAGCAGUACUGCGUCAGGCCCAAAUUCAAUUUGGCUCCGGUUAUUUCUUCACCGAACCCAUGGCUUUGGGUAAAUUACGUGACUAUUUGAACAAUGCUUUCCGUGUAAUGGCAUUCAGACAGCGGAAAGGUGAACGCGUCCGAUCACCGUUUUGGAAUGAUCAAGGAGAACCGGUGCAUGGACUUGAAGCACCGGUGGAAUUUGCGGAUACCUCUGACGUUAUUGUCCUCACGCCGAAUGCAGAAAUUAGCGGUACAGACAUGUUACGACUAAACGACCGCACAAACAGUCCUGAGAUAGAAGCGACGAAGUCGCACGAAAGCGGCAGCUUGUGA